AUGCUCUGCGACCUCGACCUCAGUAGCCCCCACGUGUGCCCUGAGCUUGAGCCCGCUUCUGCUGACGACAACAGCGAUAACACCCCGCCCCUUGCAUACCCAACAAACUUCAUGGGCGACGAGUCUGGUGUACUCUCCAUCGACUUCGUGAUUGCUGGGGGCUCGUUAUGCGGUCUGUCGGCAGCGAUUGCCCUCAGGCGUGUCGGACACAAUGUGAUCGUCGUCGAUCGUUCAUCUCCAUACGAGCCGACUAAAUUCGACUCGGGCAUCCGCUUGCCACCCAACUCAACCAAGCACUACUACCGAUGGGGGCUGAAGGAGCGUCUCCACGCCGUGUCCGUCAAGUCUCAGGGUACCUUGUUUGCUUCUUUCUACUCAGGCGCGAUUGCCGGGAAACAUUCAUGGGCAGACAGCAUCCUGGAGGAGCUCGGGGGCGACACGCUGUGCAUGCACUACACCCCACUUCGCAAGGUGCUCGCGGAGUACGCCACGGAGAUGGGCGUGAAUAUCAUAAUCGAAAACAUCUCGUCCGUGCACCCUGACCCUGUGAAGCCGUCACUGACGCUGGAGUCCGGCGACGUCCUCACCGGCGACGUCGUGCUCGGUGCCGACGGGUACGUCUUCGAAGGAAACGUGUGUCGCACGGCCCUCCUGGACGCGCUCGGGCAGGACCACAAGAGCACUUGGAUGGGCAUGCAUCUCUUCAGCUGUGAUAUACCCGGAGCCAAUCUUGCCCGGCUGGAAGACAAGGACAUGCUCGCGCAGUUGCAACAAGGGGGCAAAGUCUUCACGUGGUAUGGGUCAGGGUGUGGAGCACUGGGUUUCCCCAUGAAAUCCAUGACUGUGGCCGUACUGCUGCGGGUCGACGAGCUCCUCGCCUCGUUGAAGGACUCGAACCCGCAACUCCAAGAGAUUGCGCAGCAGUCGGCACGCAUCACCGUCGUGCCCAUGGCCAACCACUCCAGCCUCGAUGAGUGGGCCUAUCCCGGCGGCCGUCUCCUGUGCAUCGGCGAAGGCGCGCACCCCACCCCUGUCGGCUCGCUGUUCUCGGCCGCGAUGUGCACGUGCGACGCGGCGUGCCUCGGCCGGCUCUUCUCGCACCUCACCCGGCACGACCAGAUCGACACCCUGCUGUACGCGGUGCAGGAGAUCCGCGAGGGGCCCGUCGCGUCCGUCUUCAAGGCCGCGUCGGGCAACAUCUUCGCGACCUCGCUCCCGCCCGGAAUCGUCGAGCGGGACGACGACGAGCGGGCGCGGGCGGAGCGCGGGCUCGCGAGCCUCGGCGGCGGGGUCGACAGCCUGGCGCCGAGCCCGGAGAUGAUCGAGGUGGUCGAGCAGCUGUUUGGGUACGACGCCGAGGACGAGGCGGACAACUGGUGGGUCAACUGGGGGCUCAUGCAGGAGCGCGCGAUGCGACGGGAGCUUUCCGAGAAGCGCGGGCUGCCUGUCAUUUUCGAGCGGGGCGAAGGGAGUGGCAAAAAGUCACUCGCGGCGCAGCUCGCGUACAUGGCGUACGAAAACGAGCCAUCGUUCGAGUACAUGUACAUGUAUGUGCGUUUGGUCAAUAUAGGGGUGUCGUGA